CGAAACAGUAACGGGUUUCACUGUUGUACUUUAGAGAGCACGUCUGUGGAUAGACUUUUUGUUAUUGUGAAGAAGAAGACGCACAGGAUCUAAAGUCGUCACACAUCAUUUGUAAUGUUAGCCUCAAGUUUAAUGGCUAAUGACUGCGCAGAAGUCCACGAUGGCCAAGCCCAUAAAGUUGAUGGAUAUCUGCAGCAUCUUCAACUGUCCGAUCAGACUUUGAUGGAUUUGUCACUAAGAUUUCGUCGAGAGAUGGACAAAGGCCUGUGUAGAGACACAAACCCUACAGCGGCUGUGAAAAUGUUGCCCACAUUUGUUCGUUCUACACCUGAUGGAACAGAACAAGGUGAAUUCCUGGCCCUUGACCUUGGUGGAUCCAAUUUCCGAGUUCUUCUGGUCCGAGUUAUGGGUAAUGGAGAGCAAAAGGUGGAGAUGGAAAAUGAGAUUUAUGCCAUUCCUGAACACGUCAUGAGAGGCAGCGGAUCUGAGUUCUUUGACCACAUCGCUGAGUGUCUGGCUAAUUUCCUGGAUAAACUGGGGAUAAAGGAUAAAAAGUUGCCACUGGGCUUCACCUUCUCUUUUCCUUGCCUGCAGACCAAGUUGGAUGAGAGCGUUCUUGUGUCUUGGACCAAAGGCUUUAAAUCCAGUGGAGUGGAAGGAAAGGACGUGGUUAGCCUCCUGAGGAAGUCCAUCAAAAAGAGAGGUGACUUUGAUAUCGACAUUGUAGCAGUGAUUAAUGACACAGUGGGCGCCAUGAUGACUUGUGGCUACGAUGAUCAGCACUGUGAAAUUGGCCUCAUCGUUGGAACAGGGACUAAUGCCUGUUACAUGGAGCAAAUGCGGAAUCUGGAGCUUCAGGACGGAGAUGAGGGUCGGAUGUGUGUUAAUACAGAAUGGGGAGCUUUUGGAGAUGAUGGUGCCCUAGAGGAUCUGCGCACUGACAUUGACCGGGAAAUAGAUGCUGGCUCUCUGAACCCUGGCAAACAACUGUUUGAGAAGAUGAUCAGUGGAAUGUACAUGGGUGAACUGGUGCGUCUUAUCCUGGUGAAGAUGGCCAAGGAGAAGCUUCUGUUCCAGGGCAAGGCCACAGCAGAGCUCCUCACUACUGGAAGCUUCAAAACCACCUACGUCUAUGCCAUUGAAAACGAGAAAAAUGAGGAAGGUUUGGCGGCUGCUGAGAAUGUCCUCCAGGGCUUGGGUCUGGACCCUGCUGUUGAGGACUGUAUAGCCACUCAGAGGGUUUGUCAGAUAGUAUCAACACGUGCUGCCCAUUUGUGUGCUGCCACUCUAGCAGCUGUACUCAGGCAGGUUCGGGACAACAAGGCAGCUGAGAAGCUGCGUACCACUAUCGGGGUCGAUGGCUCUGUCUAUAAGAAUCAUCCACAGUUUUCAAGGAGGCUCCACAAGAUGGUGCGGCGUCUUGUUCCAGACUGCGACGUGCGUUUUCUGCUCUCACAAGAUGGUAGUGCAAAAGGUGCCGCCAUGGUAACAGCAGUAGCCUACCGUUUAGCUGCACAACAUGCAGAGCGUCAGCGCAUCCUUGACACGCUGCGUUUGAGCCGCGAGCAGCUGCUGGAGGUCAAGAAGCGCAUGAGUGACGAGAUGCUGCGAGGCCUGUCAAAGCAAAGCCAUGAACAGACCAGUGUCAAGAUGCUUCCCACCUAUGUCCGGUCCACACCAGAUGGAACAGAGCAUGGUGAUUUCUUGGCUUUGGAUCUUGGGGGAUCCAGUUUUCGUGUACUGUUGGUGCGAAUACGGCCUGGAAAAAAACACAAUGUGGACAUGCACCAUAAGAUUUACAGUAUCCCACAAGAGACCAUGCAGGGAACAGGAGAAGAGCUUUUCAACCACAUUGCACACUGUAUAGCGGACUUUCUGGAAUACAUGGGUAUAAGUGGAGUAUCCUUACCUCUUGGAUUUACCUUCUCCUUCCCCUGUUAUCAAAGCAAACUUGAUGAGGGCAUUCUUCUGAAAUGGACAAAGGGAUUCAAAGCCAGUGGCUGUGAAGGUCAAGAUGUUGUUGCUUUACUGAAAGAGGCUGCCUGUCGUAGGCAGGAAUUUGACUUGAGUUUUGUGGCAGUGGUUAAUGACACAGUGGGAACUAUGAUGACCUGUGGCUAUGAGGACCCCAAAUGUGAAGUAGGACUCAUUGUAGGCACAGGGACAAAUGCCUGCUACAUGGAAGAAAUGCAGAACAUAGAACGGGUGGAGGGUGAUGGAGGUCGAAUGUGUGUCAACAUGGAAUGGGGUGCUUUUGGAGAAAAUGGGGAAUUGGAUGAAUUCUGCACCCAAUUUGACCACAUUGUUGAUGAUUGUUCAACAACACCGGGGAAGCAGAGGUAUGAGAAGAUGAUCAGUGGCAUGUACCUGGGGGAGAUUGUGAGGAACGUGUUACUGGAUUUUACUGACAAAGGCCUGCUGUUCAGAGGCAAACUGUCAGAGCGACUCAAAACACGAGGCAUCUUUGAGACAAAGUUUCUGUCACAGAUUGAAAGCGACCGUCUGGCUAUGCGACAGGUCCGCUCCAUUCUGCAACACCUGGGUCUUACCAACUCCACAUGUGAUGACAGCGUGCUCGUGAAGGAGGUGUGCAGUGUUGUUGCUCGCCGUGCAGCCCAGCUGUGUGGUGCUGGUCUAGCCGCUGUGGUCGACAAGAUACCUAACCGCAACCUGGAUCACCUCUCCAUCACUGUGGGAGUGGACGGCACCCUUUAUAAGACACACCCACAUUUCUCCAGCAUCAUGCAAGAGACUCUUAAGGAUCUGGCCCCACAAUGUGAGGUGACUUUCCACAAAUCAGAAGAUGGAAGUGGGAAAGGAGCAGCAUUGAUCACAGCUGUAGCCUGUAGGAUUCAAGACGGAGAGCAGCACUGAAUGUUUAAGACAGGUAGCAGCAGUCAGAAAAUGAUUGUUACAGUUUAGGUCUAACUGUAAUGUGGCUGGGACAUAAAACACAUGUCAGAAAACAUCCACAAUAAAAUAAUGAUACAUUUUCUACGAGGGAUGCAACGGUACUCAGGAGAACUACGUAUCAUUCGGUCCGCCCUUAUGGACCGAGGUUUUCUCUCUCUCUCUCUCUCUCUCUUGACAUGCAUGUGAGCAUGCAGCGCGGGGAAGCCCCUCAGUGAAAGACAGUAGACAGAGACAAGUCUGUCUGCAUCCACAUACAUUAGACCCACAACCUACCCAUAAUUAAAACAUUGUCUACACAGUAACUCAUUUUUAGGGGCUUUAUUUUUGGCUAAAAUGCACGCCAUAAAUCUCUAUUAUGUGCUGCUCAAUGUGCCGUCUGUGGCCGGAUGUAAACAGAGGUGAAGCUCCCUUCAAAAUAAAGCAAACCAGCUGUGGAUCAACCACGGUUAAAUUAGAUGAUUCAUCAUUAAGUGUCCUGACAAUUAUUUUCAACCAUGAAUCUUCUUUUACUUUGUCACUUCCUUACCUGCUCCCCGCCUGCAUUUCGUUUAAUUCUACCCAUGCACAUACCCGUGAAAAUUCUUUUUUUUUUUUUUUUUUUUUUUUUUUUAGCCGACCCGGUGCAGGUCUCUGGCACACAUACAAUACUGUGACACACUAUUACAAGGACAAGUGUACGGUAGAUAACCAUAGUGUUUUUAUACUGCCGUU